CAUAAAUGGGCCAGGGCAGGCAGCGGGUGCUGUCUGGGCAGCAUGCAGAAUUCCGGGAGCAAGCCCUGCUCCUGCCCCAGCUUCAAGCUGCGGGAAGUGGCAUCCAUGUACUUCACCAUGAUCGCCGUGUUCCUGGUCAUCUUGGUGGUGGCUCUGCAGGGCUCGGCUCCCCGCGGGAGUGAUUUUCCCUACAAGGUGCCCCUCGACCCCCAGGGGCUGCUGGAGCUCUCCUGGAAUGUCAGCUACCCCGAGCAAGCCGUGAAUUUCCAGCUCCUCAUCAGGGACCUGCAGUUCGGGCUCCUCUUCGGGAUGUCGGACAGGGGCGAGUUUGAGAACGCGGACCUGGCCGUGCUCUGGAGCGAUGGGCGCAAUUCCUACUUUGGGGAUGCCUGGAGCGAUGCCAAGGGGCAGCUCCACAUGGAUUCACAGCAGGACUACCAGCUCCUGGGGGCUCGGAGGGCCCCCGAGGGGCUCUACCUCCUCUUCAGAAGAGCCUUCAGCACCUGUGACCCCAAGGACUACCUUAUAGAGGAUGGCACUGUGCACCUCAUCUACGGGAUCCUGGAGAAACCAGUGCAUUCCCUCCAAGCCAUCAACAUAUCUGCCAUCCACGGGGGGCUGCAGAGGGUGCAGCUGCUGAAGCCCAACAUCACCAUCCCUGAACUGCCCAGUAACAUGAAGACCAUGGAGAUAAGAGCCCCAGACGUUGUCAUUCCCAGCCAAGAGACAACCUACUGGUGUUACAUGGUAGAGCUGCCAGAAAACUUCCCCAAACAUCACAUUAUCAUGUACGAGCCGGUGGUCACGGCGGGCAACGAGGCUCUUGUCCACCACAUGGAAGUCUUCCAGUGCGCGGCCGAGUUUGACACCUUCCCCCGCUACAACGGGCCCUGCGACUCCAAGAUGAAGCCAGAGCGGCUCAACUACUGCAGGCACGUGCUGGCAGCCUGGGCCAUGGGAGCACAGGCUUUCUACUACCCUGAAGAGGCAGGUCUUGCCUUCGGUGGCCCAGGCUCCUCCAGAUAUUUGCGCCUCGAGAUCCAUUACCACAAUCCUCUGGUGUUCAAAGGUCGCCGUGACUCCUCAGGGAUCCGGCUGUACUACACGGACAACCUGCGGCGCCACGACGCCGGGAUCAUGGAGCUGGGCUUGGUCUACACGCCCGUCAUGGCCAUUCCCCCCGGCGAGGACGCCUUUGUCCUCACGGGCUACUGCACCGACAAAUGCACCCAGGUGGCUCUGCCCGCUGCUGGCAUCCGCAUCUUCGCCUCCCAGCUGCACACUCACCUGGCAGGAAGAAAAGUGGUGACAGUGCUGUCCCGGGACGGGAGAGAGCGGCAGGUUGUGAACUCCGACGGGCACUACAGCCCUCACUUCCAGGAGAUCCGCAUGCUGAAGGAGGUGGUUGCAGUCUUUCCAGGAGAUGAACUCAUCACCACCUGCACAUACAACACACAGAACCGGAGCCAAGUCACCGUGGGAGGGUUUAGCAUCCUGGAAGAGAUGUGUGUGAACUACGUGCACUACUACCCCCAGACGCAGCUGGAGCUGUGCAAAAGCGCCGUGGAUCCGGGAUACCUGCACCGAUACUUCAACCUCGUGAACAGGUUUAACGACGAGGAGGUCUGCAUGUGCCCGCAGGUGUCUGUCCCACAGCAGUUUGAUUCUGUCCCCUGGAACACGUUCAACAGAGAUGUGCUAAAAUCCCUCUACGGCUUCGCUCCGAUCUCCAUGCACUGCAACAAAUCCUCCGCCGUCCGGUUCCCGGGCGAGUGGGAGAAGCAGCCGCUCCCCACCAUCACCGAGAGGCUGCAGGAGCCUGUCCCCCACUGCCCGCCUGCCCCAGGGUCUCAGCCUGCUGCCCCCAUCCCCCUCAACCUGGGCCAGCUCAGGAGGGACUGACACGAUGCCUCGUUCCUUCCAUCACGAUGGGAAGUGCCUCCGGGCAGGAGCAUCCAUGGGGAACAUCCCGUCGCUGUCCCCGUGUCCUGCCCACACAGCGAUGCCAACUGGUGCCCGGGUCCCUGCAGGGGGCUUGGGGCUCAUGAGCUAGAGUUCAGAAAGUACCCUGGAGAUGGAAAGUGCUAUAUUUAGUGUGUUAUUAGCAAUCCUGGCUCUGAGUAAUGCUGCUUUCCACCCCCGGAAUAAGAAUGUGGAGGUGUGCUAUUGUGCUAAACCCAGCGUGGCCCCAGGGAGUGGGGGGAGAACCUUGUUUUCCCACAGGGAAAUUGAGGCAUGGACAUGUGUGGGAGCAGCAUACAAGCCCUGCAGUGCCCCGUGGUCCCUUUUAGCUCAGGAUGGCUCCACAGGUGCUCUCCCACCCUGCCAGCCAUGGUGGGGAUGGAGGGAGGGAUGCCAUGAUGCCCACCUGACACUCACCUCCCCUCUACAAGGACUGCAGCUGCCCACCAUGCUCCUUCCCCCACUCCCCCAUGCUGGGGGUUAUUCCUCUCCAUGCCACCAGAUGCCAAUGGCUGGGAACAAAUGAUACCUCUGGGAUAGGGUUUAGA